AUGCAGACAAAGAGCAAGAACAAAGUGAAGCAUCACACUGAAACACCCCUGUGGGUGCUCCCGAGCGCUACGGUAGUGUCACCAGGUUGGAUGAAAUUGACGAAAUUGAUUACUUGAGUAAUAGACUUGUAGUGCGUAAAAUUGAUACCUGUAGUUGCAGCCGUUGGACCCACAGUUUCUAAUCGGCGCAUGACGGUUUUUUCUUGUUGAUGUGGCUGAGUCGAUAAAUCUGUCACGACGCUGAUUAGGGCACAGCAAAAGAGUGUCGUGCUAGUUGUCAGCAGCCUAUAUUGUUGCUUCUUAGCUGGACUGCUCUGAUGUGCCUCCCUGUGUCCUCCUGCGCUCGCGCUGUGGUAAUGGACCGACUUCGUGCGUCCCUGUGGCAUUUACUUUUUAUCAGUACGAAUUUACUUCAACUUCGUCAAUUUCCAACUACUUGAAGAAACUUUCAUAACCGAAGACGCUAACCUGCUUGUGCCAUCCGCGGAUGUCGACGCAAUGGGCAGCACCAGGCACCACGUCGGAGCGCAGCACGAAGAAGAAAUUGCAGGGCGGCAGGGACUUCAUGGUGGGGGUGAUCUCGUCUCUGGUGCGUCGCGUGGGUCAACCUCGUUUAUUGCUACUACCUUAGCAAAAGCAUCGCCUACGCCAACGACCGAUUUCAAGCCGGUCGAUUGGUUUUCGUGUUUUUCGUGGUGUGAGCGCUGCAACUGCGACGUCACAGUUAAGGACGAGCUCGGAUUAAGCCCGGAGGAGGACACGCUCGGGGAUAAGAUCGUGGGAGCCACUUGCGGUCGGUGUAUAGACGCAUGUUGCCCUCCCCCCCCCGCCGAGACGGUGCAGGAAGGUCCGCAGGCGUAUCCAGCACCACCUGAUCGCGCAGAGACCGAGAGCACUGUGUCGAAGCCGUCCACUAUCGCAACUGGGUCAACGAGUGCAACUUGGUUCGGACCAAACCAGCUGGCGGCACUGCGGUCCAGCAUGUUCGCCCGAGAAAUGCCAACGCGAAACGAGAAAAGCCAAAACGAAGAAAAGCCAAAACGAUGGUGGCAAAGAUGGUGGCCGAGGAGCAGGUCGAAUCCGACAGCAGCGACAAAAUCCAGAUCCCGAUCUUGGUGGUCGAGGCUGCCGCGAGCACCAUGGAGCCGGUCACGAAGUCGCAGCUCGUCGACUCUGCAGACCUCGUCCUCUCCGCGGGUCGCGCAGAAACAACAAGGUGGGAGCCAGCAAAAGAAUCUAAAUCCGGACAUGAAGUACAACGGCCAAGAAUCGCCGGAAAUCGUCCACCACCUCGGAACCUACAACCCGGACCAAGUCGCUGAAGAGUGGACGUGGUCGCAAGACUCCGUACAGGCAGGCCGAGACCCCGCUGCUGGUGGUGACGUGAAUCUGCUCGCGGAUGGCGACCUCGGCGCGGAAGGAUCAACUCGCGGAAAGUCCUCGGUCUCCGGUACUAGCACUUUGAUGCAGACAAAGAGCGGUAACAAGAAGAACAAAGUGAAACACACGACCAAUGGGAUGAAGAACGCGAUGAGCAGAACAACUACGACGCUGCAACACAUGCAGGACUCCCAGAUCGGGACGUCGAAACAAGACGUGGGACUGACGCAGGAACUACAAGCUGGUAACUUUGCUAUACAGAUUUCGAUUUGCCAAUCAAGUACUUACGACUCUAGUUUUUCUGUAAUUCAUCUCGAUCAACAUGGUUGUGACGGUGCGGGGCUGAUGCUGCGGUCCUGAUCAUGUUUGAACGAUGUGAUGAUUUCGAUCUCGAAUGUAGCGCUGAAUCAAAUACCAACAUCUUCAUCACUCAGGUUCGUCAACAUCUUCCUCUCGUCCCUCCUCGCAGCAGGUUUUGAUGGAGGAUUUUUUGGAAAUCCAGGACGGCAAGGAAGAAGUCCAAGUCGGGAUGGAAGACGAGUUGGAUUCAAUGGAUGUGGACGACGGGAAUGAGCUGGAAGGUAUGGACCCCUGAUAUAGGGCCAAUUGAAUCAACUUGAAAUUAGUAAUUGCACACUAUGAACAAGCAGAGCAUGACACUGUGAAUUACGAAGACAAACACAAACUGCAUCCACAUUAUAUUCGCGGUUUCUACUACUUACAGCUUUACCUUUAUCAUGCAGAAAAUGUAUAUGUAUUGGAAUAAAAUUAGGAAACAAGAUAAGAAAAAUGCCAUAGCUGCACCAUAACGAAGCUUCGAGCCUGCAUCUAGUACAGGAAGGAUUUUGUAAGCACUGGUCCGAAGAAGUGAUUGUUGGGCCGCGCGACCUUGUGGCGCUGAAGAAAUACUCGCUCUUCACCCUCUUCUCUCGCCGUUUCUUGGCAUCAAGAU